CUCAAUAGAAUUCUGCAGACAGGCCGAUGCCGAGCGCCCGCGCCGAGGAGGAGAACCGCCUGGUGCGCCUGGCCGCGCGGUGCGCGUCCGCGCGCCAGCUCGACCAGCUCCACGCCCGCGCAGUCCUCCUCGGCCACGCCCGCAGAAGCUUCGUCGCCGCCAAGCUCGUGCGCGCCUUCGCGGACCUCGGCCAUCUCCGCCGCGCACGCGCGGUGGCGGCGGCGCUCGGCGCCGCCGCCAACGCCUUCGUCUGGACGGCGCUGGUGCGCGCGCACUCCCAGUCGGACGCCGCCGCGCGCGACGCCGUGGCGCUGUACGCCCAGAUGCACCGGUGCUGCCCCGUGGUCGCGCCGCUCACCUUCACCGUCUCCGCCGCGCUGAAAGCCGCGGCACGCCGCAAGAUGCUGCAAGAAGGGGGCCAGGUCCACGUGCAUGUAUUCAAGAACGGUUUCCAGACCGACGAGCGCAUCGCGACGACACUGGUGGAAUUCUACGCGAAAUGCGGCAGGCUGGAGGAUGCACGGAAGGUGUUUGACAGAAUGGUUCUUAAGGACGCUCAGCUGUGGAACACGAUGAUCGCUGGGUAUAUGGCGGUCGGCAAGGUGGAUUGCGCAAAGGAGCUGUUUGAGGCAAUGCCUGAGAGGAACACAUUCACGCUAGUGGAGAUGAUCGGCGGGUACGCUGCACACGGUGAUAUGGACUCUGCGAAGAGUGUCUUUGAAAUGGCAGUGGCAAAUGGAGAAGCCGAUGCUGUUGUGGGCACCGCCAUGAUCUCUGGGUAUGCAAAAAGUGGCAAUUUGGAUGGGGCUAGGGCUGUCUUUGAUGGAAUGAGAGAGCAGGAUGUUGCAACAUGGAAUGUAAUGAUUGGGAUGUAUUCAGGCACUGGUAUGGCUGCAAAGGCAGUGGAUCUCUUCAAGGUUAUGUUGGAGAGUAGAGCAAGACCGAAGGUGGAGCCAAACCACACUACAAUCUCCACUGUGGCUGCUGCUUGCGCGCAAUGUGGGAUACCAACUCUAGCUACCUGGAUACAAGAUUAUGUGGAUCGUCAACGCACGAAGCUUUUGAACAACCAUACUGUGGCUGCCCUGAUUGAUAUGCACUCAAAAUGUGGGGACAUAGAAAGGGCUCAUGCCUUGUUCUGCGGGUGGAAUCAAAUAGAUCUGAUCUGUUAUAGUUCUAUGAUCUCUGCAUUUGGCAUGCAUGGCCGUGGGAAGGAUGCAAUUGCAGUUUUCAACGAGAUGUGUGACAAGGGCUUAGACCCUGAUCACAUAUGUUUUGUGUCAGUUCUCGCUGCCUGCAGUCAUGCAGGUUUGUUGGAUGAGGGGCGCCGAUACUUCCAGAUGAUGAAGGAUGAGUACCACAUUAUUCCGACUGUGGAACACUACUUGUGCAUGGUGGACUUGCUUGGUCGUGCCGGAUGCGUAGAUGAGGCUUACCAAACAAUUACGCAUGAGAUGCCAACAAAAAUGCAAAUACACGCUGGCAUUUGGGGAGCUUUGUUAAGCGCAUGCAGGACUUACUCAAAUGUCGAGAUUGCGGAGGUGGCAGCAAAGCACCUAUUCAAGUUGGAACCAGAUAACAUGGGGAAUUAUGUCCUGCUAUCAAACAUAUACGCAAAUGCGAGGAAAUGGGAUGGAGUCCAAAAGAUUCGAGCCCUCAUGAGGAGACAAGGGAUGAGGAAGCGGCCUGGGUGGAGCCAAAUUGACGCUGAAGGUAGUCUUAAAGAGUUUAUCACCAGUGAGCUUCAUGACAGUGUGUUGGAGCUUGUCUUGGAGCUACUGAAUUGGGAGCUCAAGGAUCAUGGUUACACCCCAAUCAUAGAGGUCGAAUGAAGAAUUAAACAUGCCCAUUUUCAAGCUCAACUGUGUUGUUGUUAAGUUGGAUCAUCCAUGCCAUCAAUACCGGUCAUUUCUGCACAUGGAAAAAACUUGAAAGUCAAGACUGAAGGGUCGAGAAUCCACAUAUCAGAAUGAAGGCAUCUUCAUAUUGGACUCCCUAUCCCCUCCUGGCUGCAGCAUAACAAAAAAACUAAUAUGCUUUCCAAAUUCUGUUUUUCAACAUAUGGAAACAAGCACCUGAAUGUCAAAUUUAAAUUACACUCGUUUCUUGGCUUAUGGAGUCAUAGCUAUCCUAGCUUGCAUGAGUGGUCUACAAUCUUGUCAGUCACCAGGAAUCAUGCGGCCUUAUUUGCUGCCUAUUGCCUACAUUGGCUUAGCACAUUUUAUAGUCAAUAAUCAUAAGUAACUCUGCAGAGAAAUGCCACGCUGGGAGGCUAAUCUUUCAAUUUUGAAAGCAGAACUGCAAGGUCUGAUGAGAACAAAUUCUCAUGAUAUCAUAUCAUAUAUGCUUGAAGCCAUGUGGCUAUUGUUAGGCACGUGCAGUAUGCAAGUGUGUGGAAGAAUGUCAAAUAAGGCUGGGUUCAUGACCUUUUGUGUGUGUCAUUUGCUUUAUCUUGUAUUCAGUUGGCUCUUGCUCCUUGCUAGGGUCUAGGUCAACUGUGUGACAGCAAGCAGCCUGAAGCUUUGGCAGAAUCUCCAAAAGCAGUAACAGGGUACUGGAAAGAAAUGGUGAAGCAUUAAGCAUCACAUUUCAGGUCACUGAUACCAUGUCCUUGUCCACUAAUUGUGCUCACCAAGAUACGGUAGUGUUCCUUGGUGUCGUCCAAAGUCCAAGCUCCUAAAGUAAACGACUCCAGGUUGUGCAACUAGGAAAAAGAUGUGGAAGAAUCAGAACAUCUAUGCAAUUUUAAGAUAUUACUCAUCUGAUUUGGGUAUCUUUUAGUAUCUAUUGUGGCCUAUAUAAUCCCAGGCAUUUCCAUGGUUUCCUCUCAGACAAGAACCAUGAAGAGGAAGAAGUGACUUUCAAGGAGUGUUCUCUCCUUCUCCCUCAAAGGCCUCCAAGCGGAGGACUUUGAGGUAGACGAAGAGGAUACAUCUUAUUAUCAAAGAUUUUCUCAGCUAUUGACCGCCAAAGGAUGCAAAAAAUUGUGAUGUGCUUUGAGGUUUGCCAAUUAAAUUUCUAAUUGCUCUUGUAUCAUUACCAGGCUCUGCCAUCUGGACAAGUACUGUAUGUAUUGCAAGGUGCUCUUCAAUUGGUCUCUCAGUCCUUCUGAAUAUUUAUGGACAAUGGUGAAUAUUCUCUUGAAAUUUGCUUUCCAAACAUAUCUGUAGUGACGGAUGUUGUAAAUAAACUAGGGGAUAAGUACCGUA